UCCAAUCGGAACACACGUUUCUCACUGGUCUAUUAGCGAACACCCAGCUGUUUACAACCUGCACAGCAGAGAUAUGAAACUACUGGACGACAAUGGUGUCGCAAAUCAAUAAGCAAGGUCUGUUGUCAUCUUCGUACAAGGCAUGCCAAUGCUUCUGCAAAAAUUGUUAAAAUGGUGUGACAACUGUUAAAGGCCUUUUCUUCCGAGAACUGGAUACAAACAAGGGAAAAUGGAGCAAACUCCUCGAUUCUCUGAAUAUGGAGAUGGUGAGGAUCUACAGCAGGAAGAUGAUGACAUUUGUCAAAAGAACACCAUUAUGACACCCGACAUUCCCGACAACCUUGUUCACAAUACUCAAAGAGGCUGGGAGUCUUUUCCCUGUCAGCACUGUGAGAGGUGUUUUACCAGCCAGCAAGGCUUGGAACGACACAUGCAUAGCCACGCUUUGAUGAAGAAUGUGCCACAUCCAUGUAAGAGCAAGAAUGGAAAAAUGGCUUCCGGUUUGGCUCUCGGUCAGCUGCAGCAUGACAGUACCAAGUCUUCAGUUUUAGUAAGUUCAGACGACCAGCUUGAAAGCAGUGAUACUCCUGUUUUGUUAGCUGGGCGCAACACUGUGCCACCUGACGAGCUGCUGUACGAGCAUCAUGCUUGCAGCUACAGCGAAAAGAGAUUCACUACGUUUACCAACAAGCAGCAGCACGAGAGCACAGUCCACAACCAGCAUCUGCAAAUUGCACAUACGGAACAAAGUGAGCCGCCUCAGGAGGAAAAUCUUCAGCAGAUAAUUAUUGCGUCGUCAAAUCUGGGAGCCGAGCUUUCUGCAGAAGUUGCGGAGCAUGAAGUGGAACACACUGGAAACUACAUGCCCGCCAUCUCCAGCAGUAUCUCAGAGAAUCUCAGCUUUUACUUUGAUGGAAAAAUUGUUUCAACAAGCACAGUGAGUGGCUGUGAAGCAGCUGAAGUUCACGCUGCAUGUUCAACUUUGGUUGGACUAGAUGCCCUGAUUCUGGAUCCCACACAAUUGAACCUGGGGUUAAAUUUCAAUUCAAUUCUGAGCAACCAAGAGCUGCCGGGUCAAGCACUUGCCAAGAGAAGAACAGCAACACCUCCUUUGUUACCCCAAAUUCAAACAGAACUGGAAUCUGAAGUGGUGGUGUUGUCAUCCUCUUCAGAAGUUGUAACUUCGUUAAUAGAGAAUACAGAGUCUUCACUUGCCCCCCCAAACUCAGCCACUGUGUUUCUACGAGAGAAGCAGGACACCCUACUUCUAAAUGGCCAAACAUCUUGCUCAUCUGUAUCUGCUGCAACAGGAAGGUUUAAAAGAAGGACUGGAUCUCCACAAAGUUCUCCCCAGCACAACACCACAUCUGAUGAGGAAACAGCAAUAGCAGAUAUGGAUGGUGAUGCCGCCACUUUAUGGCACAUGGACACCCAGUACAGUGUGAGUGUCAAUGACAAAGAAAAUGCAUCUCAAAAGAUUGAGGAACCUCAAGCAAUUACAGUUUCAACAGAGAGCUGGCCCCCUGUGACUGUGGACAGCUGCUAUAGUCAGCAACCACUGGAUCUCUCUAAUACGAUGAAACGAAAUGAAGUUGGGACUUCAGAUGAUGCUGCGCUGGAUUUAAGUUUGCAAAAAAGGAGCCCUGAAGAAUCUCAGCUGACAUCAAAUUUAGUUUUCCCCUCAGAAGAUAAUUCAAACAUGUGGAUGCAGGAAAGGGCCCUCCUGAAUGUUGGAGAGCAAAAUGUAAGCCUCGCAAACUGUGAGACACCUCUUGUGUCAGACCUCACCAUUGUUACAGGUCAAAAUAUGGUGGACUCUGUCGCAGAAGGAAUUGUUUAUGGACUUUCACUCCCCUCCUGUCCCCUGAAUUCUGCACCUGCCACCCUUACACCUCUUGGUUUCCCGCCAGCUUCACCAUGCACUAUAUCAUUUGCUCCCCCAACUACACACACAGUACUACCGACUGCUCCAUCAUUAAUCACAGUUCUGGCACCACCACUAUCUAUUCCUAGCCCCUCAAGCCAACCAAUCCAAGUGCUGGCUCCAAAUAUAUCACAGGAGCCGCUGGUAAUCUGCACAGAAAAUGCCAUAAAUUCUACACAGUGUGAUUUAACCUCUGCGUUUUCAGCUACAACUGCUGCAAACCUUGUUACUCUCUCACAUCCACUUGACCCCUCUCUAAAUCUACCCGGCCACAUGUUUCUCACUGAUCAAAUUUCUCUUAACCCGCCAAUUAAUGAAGACCAUAGCUUGUCUGAGGUGCCAUUCACACCCAGUGCAGCAUUAAACGAUCCACUCAUAAACUCGUAUAUGUCAAGUAACACAGUGCUGAUAGAAUGCACAAUAUCCUUGGAAACGCCAGGGAAUGUCCCCAGUGCUGUUACCAUGCAAGAAAACAUUGAACCUCCAGUAUCUACGCCGAUGCUUGUUAAUCACAUAGAACAGCAACAGAUUGUGUCAUUGCCCAACACCUCAACUGUGGACCCCACCAUUCUCUUGUCCUCCAUUGAGGAGUCUGUGACAUUGUCCACAAACACCUCAAUGAUGCCAGAUUGUCCUGCCCGAGGUGAAGAAACAGAACAAGGCCUCAAAGAAGAGCCUCCAAAUGCAGACGAGGAACUUGCUGACAGCACUGAUUCUGCAGUGGAAAUAUCGACUGACAACUCAAACCAAGUUGAGAAGUUUGAAGAGACAGAACCGCCAAGCAACACACCGAGUGACGUAGAGCAGCAGACUUUCACCAAGAACUUCAUCUGCAAUGUCUGCGACCUUCUGUUCCACUCGAUGAAAGAACUCAGCACCCACGUUAGCGACCAUGCUGAAGAAUGGCCUUACAAAUGCGAGUUCUGCGUUCUGCUCUUUGACAAGCCCUCCGCUUUGCUCGACCAUCGGUCAAGCCUACACGGUGUCGACAAGACUUAUAUUUGCAGUGCAUGUCCUAAAGACUUUGUCUACCUUUGUAAUCUGAAACAGCAUCAGGAGGAAUUGCAUCCUGCCCAGCAAUGUACAUUCACUGAAGAAGAAAAGGGAAAAAUAAGACCUCAGAAUUACAACUACUCCACUAAAGUUAGCAAAGAGCCUCCAUUGCCUGAUGUGUCUGAACAAAAGGUGAAAAAGGAAGAUCAUGAAGUGGAUGUGGCUUCUGAAGAAUUUUUUACAACAAUUAAAAUCAUGGCCUCAGAUAGAGGCAAACUCAAAGUGCCUGAUGUUCGUCUUGGCAUUAACCAGCAUUACCCUAGCUUUAAGCCCCCGCCCUUUCCUUACCAUAACAGGUCACCUGCCGGGUCGGUGGCCUCAGCCACAAAUUUCACCACCCACAACAUUCCACAAACCUUCAGUACAGCUAUUAGGUGCACCAAGUGCGGAAAGAGCUUCAAUAACAUGCCGGAGCUGCACAAGCACAUCCUGGCUUGUGCCAAUGCCAGCGAUAAGAGGCGGUACACGCCCAAGAAGAAUCCCAUCCCACUCCGCCAUUUUGCAAAAAGCCAAAACGGAGUCCUGUCAACUACCAACUCAGAAAAUGAAUGUAAUGCCUCAAAUAGAGCUAGCCAGUCCAACAGAUCAGAAUCUGUCAAAGUGAAGUUAAAAUUACUGAACAAAAGGAAGCGAAAGAUGGUCCAAAGGGUCAUGCCCCAGAGGAACAAAUCUUCGUUAAAUAAAGUGUCCCCUUCACACGUGCAUGAUGACUUAUUUGUUUGCCCUCACUGCAGCAGGGAGUUCACAAUGCGACGCAGCCGAACCAAACACAUGGCAGUCUGUCCCAAAAAACCCAGAGAAGUGAGGACAAGGAAAGAGGGUGGGAUCUCUGUGACAAAGGAAAAUGAUGGACGACUCCAUAGAGGGGUCUCACUUGUCAAUGAGCAACAAGCCUCAGCUCAUCCUAGGACAAGACUCCAGACAUCAAUGCCAGCUAAGAGGCCCGCCACGCCCCCAAGACUAACAAGCUUUUCAAACAAGAGGCCUAAACUAGCCAUAAAGGACGAUUCAAAAAAUGACAUUUCCGCUUUAAACAAAUUCCCCGCCGUUCGUCCUUUCAACCCUCCUCUUCGCCAGUACACACGAGUGCAUCAUGCAGUCAAACUAACUCCAGCAAAUCAACAACAAAGUGAGCCCUCCGCCCCAAGCCGAGAGGAAGCAACUGCUGGUGGCAGCUCUGAGCAAAGCACAACAGCUUGAAGACCUCUCAGCUUACCCUGUCAGGCCAAUGCACACCCUUGACACCUCUUCACCCAGCGAAGGCUUGAAAUCCAUUACACUGUACAAGAGAUGACUGAACUGAGGACAGAAAAAAAACCCUGAACACAACUGAAGUACUUCUGCGAGUGCAGAGUAUGCGAGGGCUUGAAGUUUGUAGGUUGGUACAGUCCUACAUUUCUUCAACUUUCCAUCAAUAGCCUGGAUUUGCACUUUGAAGUUAAUCUGACAGCGACGUGUUGUCAAGGAAAUGGGGAAGCACUGAAGCUGGAAAGGCUUCUCUCAUUUCUCGCUUGGCGGUUCAUUCGGCGAGGAUGGCAAGCAGCAAUCACUGUCAGCAAGGAUUUGCACUACUUUUUCCUUAUCAGUCAUAUGUUGCCUUUUGGGUUUAAAUUCUUUAUGGCAUGUUCUGUGCUUGUUCUUCAGUUGUUUGGUAUUGAGGCAAUUGGGCCUAAACAAAGGAUAUGACUUACCAUUAACCUUAAAACUUAAAUUGAGUCAUUGAACAGAGCACAAAAGUAUUAACAUUUCCCUUCAAAGUUGUUCAGGAUUCAAAUGCAAGAAGCGAUUAUUUGGAAUGUAUUUGGCAGGGUUAACUCGAGAGAGAAAAUCUUGAGUAAAUUUUGUUGGCCCUUUGUGUAUUUAUAUGAAGGUAAUAAGAACAAUUCUAUUCGCGUACCAUCAAAUGCAUAUGGCAUGAUAACCUGUGGCAUACAAAUCAAGGAUAAAAGUUCGAUGUUGUCCUGAUAAAGAAUUUCUUUUAGCGGCUAUCCAAAUGAAAUCGACUGAAAGUUUCUUGGGUCAUCUGCAAUGCUAAGUACUGUACCUGAAAAUAAUACACUGACAUGCAUUGCUUUCACUGUGGUGAGCUCAUAGACCACAGAAAUUCUCAAAAGUGGUGAAAAGGAGCAGUCUGCUGCUGUCAUAUCAUGUAAUACAGUAUAUGUAGUAUUUGUUUAAAGUAUUCAACUGUAGAACACAAGCACUUCAUCCAGGCUUACUGUCUGUGUAACAUUUUCUUGUUUCGUAUCUACAUUAAAUUGUAAUGUGAAUCCCAAAAUGCAAAUGUCAACUUGUUUAGUUUUGUAAAUGACUGUUGAAGGUUGCAACUAAUCUCAUUUGCAUAAAUAUUCAUAAGCUACUAGUUUAAACAGGGUACUUAUGUAAUUGUUAUAUCUAAUGUAUAUCAAAUACAAUUUUAAUUUGUGAGAACUAACGUGUGUGUGAGAGUAAUGAUAGUGGGGGGAAAAAAAUAUCAAAUUUUUCCUCUACAAUUCUUGUAACUCACCCACAGACUGCAUUAUGUUGGAUGUACAGGGUGUCAGGGGACUGCUAUCUGACUGUGAACGUUUGUGUAGCAUUUCAAAAUGUAACUGAAGUCGUGUAUAUUUAUUAAUUUAAAACCAUGUAAUGAUUCUGAAGUCGGAAGCUGUUUGAUUUGCACUUUUUUUUUUUUUUUUUUUUCUUCCCUUCCCCAAGCGUGUGGUCAUAAUAAAUGCAGAAUGUUAGUGUAAAAUCUGUGUGUGUGGCGAUUUGUUGGCCAACAGAUGACAAUUGCUGAAUCCCAUUGAACAAGUUUAUUGUUCAACACUGCAGAUGUAGACUAAUGUCCAGAAGGUGGUGCACUCCACUCGCGCUAACCAUUGCAGCAGAUUAUUGAAUAGCCAAAAGUGUUUGUUUUGUUUUGUUUAACUGUAGGUCUCUUGUACUGAUAAUUUCAUUGGGAAAUUCACUUAAUACAUAAUUUUGAAAAAAAAGUGACAAUCUAAAAACACACAGUAGGUUGCCAAGUCAAAAACUUUUUAGAAAUGGCUAGCAAAGUACUGUUAACCAUAUCCGAACGAGCCUUUGAUUAUAGUCAACAAGCCAAAGAUAAUGAGGAUGCAUCUGAGAUUGUGGACUAUGGAGCAGAACAGGGAUCUCCAAUGACUGGGGUUCUUGAAAUUAAGAGGUGAUCUAUUUUUUUUUUUUAAAUCACAAAAUAGGUUCUCUAUAAAAUUAACAAGAAGAGACUUGAAAAUGUUGUAUUUUUCAGCCCAAGGUUGUGUUCAGGGAACAGAGUGGCUCAAUGGGGGGGAAAAAAAAAAAAAAAGCACCGGGAUUACCAGAUAACUAUUAACCCUUUAUUGCUCAGUGACUGUUUUUUGUCAACGUCUUUAUGUCUCAAAAGUGUUCUGUCAAUUGACUGUCUGUUGUCGUACGAGAGCGGCUCCAACUACCGGGGACAAAUUCCUUGUGUGUUUUUUGGACAUGCUUGGCAAAUAAAGAUGAUUCUGAUGAUGUCCUCCCCAUUCCCACAUUGAUGUUUUAAAGAAGACCCUGUUGCCCACAAUAUAUAUUACAAAUUUGAACAAAGUUCUACUAAAUUCUCAUUAAAACAUUCUCCUGGAGCAGUG